AUGCUCCCGCGGUCAAUCCUCCGCACCCGCCCACAUCUGCCCCAAAGAUGUAGCGCCCUAACAAGUAACCUCCCAGCCAACCGGGCCCCUCUCAAUCACAUCCAAAGCAUCCGCCUAGCAACUACAAAAUUUAAACCCAGAUCAAGACCCUCACCUCUAUCACCACCUCCACCUCCACCUCCACCACGAGCCCGGCCAUUCUACACCACACCAUUCUUCACAAUCCCCACCGCCUUCAUCCUCGGUUACAUAACCUACACCUACACCACAACCCCCACGAUUCCCUAUCCAAUAAACCCCUACAGCUUCACUCCUCACGUAAUAACCUCCACCACGCCACUCUCACCAACUUCAUCUUUAAUAACAUUAUCUCCAAAACACCAUUCAACUCCACCACCUUCCUUCUGGUCCAUAAUAAACUCCGAAGGACUUUGGUCCGUACAGAUCAAACAACCACAACUUCAGAUACAACGGGAGUAUACACCGUUACCUGAAACAUCAUCAUUACUGUCAUCGAAUGGUAAUGGUAGUGGGAAAAGAGAUAGGAAUCUUGAUAAUAAGAUCACAAUAUUCGUACGUGCUGUUGAUGGUGGCGAGGUUUCUCCAUACCUGCUGUCGAGAAAACCUGGCGAUGUAGUCGAAGUUCGUGGGCCGGUUAUUACUUAUACUUUUAAACCCGAGGAAACCGUCAAAGGAGAGGAGGAUAUCAGAAAUGUGGUAUUCAUAGCCGGUGGGACAGGAGUAUCGCCUGCUAUACAAUUAACGGCACACUUAUUUUCACGAUAUACAGAAGAUGGGAUAAAACGUCGGGUAAAGAUUCUGUUUGCUUCUAGAACGGCUAGCGAGAAAGUCCUACCGCAGAUACAGGAGCUACAGAAACUAGGGGAUAUCGAGAGAGCUGGGAUUAAGGUUGAUGUCGAGUACUUUUAUGAUGAUAAGGAUAGUUUUAUAACUAAACCUGAUAUCGAGGCUGCGGUUGCUGGGUUGGAAAUGGGGAGUGGUAGGGGAAGUGGAAGAGAUGUCAUCAUGGUAUCUGGACCUGAAGGGUUUGUGAACCACUAUGCUGGGAAGAAAGGAUGGAAAGAUGGAUUAGAGACACAAGGUGUCCUUGGUGGAGUUGUAGGAGAGAUAUUAAAGAGUAGGAAACAAGGCGGAAAGAUUGAGGUUAUGAAGCUAUAA